AUGUCUAUAUCUACUGCUACAGAUGAGCGCACCGAAGGGGAUGAUGAUACAUCCCAGGGAAGCCAGCCGAAGGAAGACAGCAGUGACUCUGAAAACGAAAAUGAAAAUGACUCACAGAACCAGAAUGGGGGCUCCAUAAGCCCUGAAGUCCAUGAAAUAACGAGUGACGAGGAUGACUGUGUUGUGACUAACGAUGAUGAAUCAUCUAACUCUAGUAGUGACUCCAAUGAUAGUUCUGACGCUUCACAGCAAAGCAAUAAAGACGGGGAGAAAGACAAGCAGGAACAGCCCUGUGAAAAUGGAGAAGAAUCUGAUAUUGAAGAAGUUACAAUCGAGGAUCCAUUGAAUCAAUGCCAGCAAAAUAAAAAUAAAUCAAUUGUUGUCAACGACACUAAAAGCUUGGCAGACCUGGGGAAUAAAUCAGAUCCAAAUGAUGGGGAACAAAACAAAGAACCGACGGUUGUUAUUAUUGACACAAACUCUAUUUUAUCUGGGAAGACUUCAACACAAAUGCAGAAUAAAAUGAACUCUAGUGCUAUAGAUGCUCAGAAUUUAUGUCAGAGUAUUGCUGCUAGAGGUACCACAAUCACUCCCAUUAGUAGUAAAAGUAAUAGUACUUCUAAACAAAUACAGAACAGUAGCAUAGUCACCUCCCAACCCAAUAUUCUUCCUUCCUUGACAGAUGAUAUGUUUGUUGUUGAGGCACCAUCAUUUAUUGUACCCUAUGUGUAUGAAAAGCCUUCAGUAAAACCCUUCAGAGAGUUUGUAGACAAAUUGGGCAAGGAGCUGGAGGAGAUAAAAAUGAAAGAAGACCAAGAAAAGUUGGAAAAGGAGAAGAUAGAGAAAGAUAAGAGAGAUAAAUUGAGGCAAGAAAGAAUCGCUCGGGGCGAGGAGGUUGAGGAUGAGGUGGAAAGUGAAAACGAAGCUAAGAAGGUGGCUGAAGAAGCGGCCAAGGAGAAGAAACUUGAGAAGAAACAGAAGAAGAAACGCAGGACUGAAGACGAUGAUGAUUCCUGGGACGGGGAGUCAUCAACUGAGUCCGAAGAAGAAGGCAUGAGUGAUGACGACACUGUAGUCAUAAAGGAUAAGGACGACACAGUCGAAGAAGUGUAUGAUCCUGUGAGUUACAUCAUGAAGAAGUCCGGAAAAACAGACAGUUAUUUUGAUUGUUCCUUAGGCCAGUUUUUCAUUAAUAUCGGUAUAAAUUUGGUUCAAGAAUAUGUUCAGACGGAUCUAUUAAAAACUCAGAAUCGUAAACUCUACAAAGAAAAGAAAUCCGGACGCAGCACUAAAGCAACCGAAAGCGCUAUAGCAUCACUUACGCAGAAUUUGGCCUACAGUAAGAAACUUAACGCUCCUUAUGCUCUCGAACAGAAACGAUGCGAAUUUUGUAGUUUUAAAACAGAAUCAAUACUAGUAAUGGCUCAUCAUUUAGAAGCACCUCACAUGAAGAACAAUAUUUACAAAUGUAAUACGUGUCCUUUCGAAAUCCGAAGUCCACAUGACAUAUUAUACCACAUGGAAGCCGAGCACAAUAUACGAGGCAGAUUAGAGAGAGCUCCGGCCUAUCAGCAGUGUCCCAGUUGUCACUUUGAAGAUAACAGCAAAACAAAACUGGCACGCCAUCUUAUAGCGUGCGCGAAGAAGUUUAAACCUGAGUACAACCUCGGACCGCCUAUCGAGUGGGAGCCGCCGGCUAAAAUACCAAAGCUUACAAGAGCACGUAAUAAUGCUGUUGCACCAUAUCAAUCUAAUUUCAAUAGAUCUCAAGUUGGAAUGAGCCCUCUUGGGCGACCUCCUUUGAAUCUGCCAAAUUCUGUCGUUCCCAGUAUGCCAGUGCUUGGCAGACCGCGAGGGCGCCCGCCUUUAUCUGCUCCGGCCCGGGCUCCGGUCGCAGGAGUUCCUAUCAUCAGAAGUGGUGUCAUGAUUAUGCACAACAAUCCACCGAGUGGAACAACCAUCUCAAACUAUCCUAUCAUGCAAAAUAAUCAAGGCAAUCAAUCAGCUACACCUAAGAUAUCGAUCACACCUCUGCCACGAGCACCACAACCUUCAUCCUCGAAUUCUACUCACAAUUCUAAAGCUACCUUUGUGAUAUGUGAAAUAUGUGAUGGCUACAUCAAAGACUUGGAACAGUUACGGAACCAUAUGCAAUGGAUACAUAAAGUUAAAAUUCAUCCUAAGAUGAUAUACAAUAGACCUCCCCUGAAUUGCCAAAAGUGUCAAUUCAGGUUCUUUACUGACCAAGGGCUCGAAAGACACUUGCUUGGGUCUCAUGGUCUGGUAACGAGUUCUAUGCAAGAAGCAGCUAAUAAAGGUAAGGAUGCCGGCCGAUGCCCAGUCUGUGGAAGGGUUUAUCAAUGGAAGUUGCUCAAUCACGUGUCCAGAGAUCACAACAUGACCCUCAAGCCCGCCCACCUCUCAUACAAAUGCACAGUAUGUACUGCAACAUUUGGUAUGUACAAGCAGUUUGAGAAUCAUGUAUAUUCUGCUCACAGUGUUGUUGCAAAACGUGUUAUUGAUAAAAAUAAAACAACCCCACCUGCAGCCAAACCCACAGAGAGUGAUCCACUUCUUAAGCCACUCAAAAUAAGUGACGAGAUCACAAUAAUACCUCAGCCUGCUAAAUCAUCAGUAACCAUUACCGCUAAGGGUAAAUAA